CAGCAGUAGAUGUGAGAACACAAUGCUCUGGAUGACACACAGGCUGCAUGAGUGCAAGGUGACAGUGCGGCCGCCUUACUGGAUAGAGCUGUGCUUGCCCUGUCAUAAGUUUAACCUUGUACAUUACAGUCACUUUGAUCAGGAUAGUAUUAAGUCAGGAUAACCGCAGCAAGCAGAGAAAGCCCUGGAGGGGAGGAAUAUGGGUGUAUAAAGGAAGAAUAAUUACUGGUACGUAAUUUCAUAGUAACUGCACACACCCAUAUGAAGAAGUUUUGACUUGUCCCCAAGAAGCAAUGACCUACUCGUCUGACGAUCUCUCUGCCUGAGAUUUGUCUGUAGCCUGCCAUCACACCGGAAUCACUGUGACAUCUGGCCGAUUGCACAGUUACAGUAUUUUCUAUGUGUAGCCUACACUAGGCGACAAGUCCUGUGCGAUAGCUCUAGGGGAAGCGUUAUCCUCUGAUAGGAGAAUGGCUGAUUCCUCCACGCUGCUGGACCUGAGAGACAUAGAGAUCAAGCUGGGGCGCAAGGUGCCCGAGAGUCUGGCCAGGUCCCUCCGGGAAGAGCACAGUGAUUGGAAGAAGGAUGCCACAGACGGGUACUCGGACUUUACAGAGACCCGGGAUAACCUCCCCCAAUCUAGCACACUGGACAGGCUGGAAACUAAAAUACAGCUUCUCAAACAAGAUAUGAACCAUCUUCGAGCUGCCGAUGUUAAACUGAUGAGACAGCUGCUGAUUAUCAAUGAAAGCAUUGAGUCUAUCAAGUGGAUGAUGGAGGAGAAGGACAUCAUCACCAGCCAAGGAAGCAGCCUGAGUGGGAGCCUUUGUAGUCUCCUUGAGAGUCAGGAGAGUUCAUUACAAGGGAGUUACACCAGUUUGCAUGGCUACAGUGAUGGAAUGGAUGAUAUAUCAGUGGGAAGUUACCUGGAUACUCUUGCAGACAUAGUUCCAGGACAUAGUACUCCAGAUUUUGAUCAAUACAGUGGUAUACAGCAGAGCCAUGAAGACUAUCAACCACUAUGCAAUGAUUCCAACCAUCAUUUUGAUGAGUAUUAUUGCUUUAGAUAGCUCAUGAAAUGACAACAGUCCAUAUUGGAUGAUUGGCAGGUUAUUAAUGCUUUUAAUAGAUCUUAAAAUAAAUCAAAUGCACACAUGUGUAAAACAGGAAUCAUGCACUGUGUCGGCUGUUCCAUGUUUAUGAGAUAAAUGCUUUGUUACUAUUUAUUACUUAACUUGUAAUUUUACAUAUUGUAUCAUGUUUUUGACACAAAUCUAAAUUAAAAUAUGAAUGAGCUGUUUUAUUAUAAUAAAUCUGGGAAAAGGUUAUUAUGUAUAACAAUAACACUGCCACUUGUUGCUAUGCUGUAGGUAAUUAUUUUGUACUGUACUGGACAAAAUAAAAAUCGUCACUGUUGCUGAGCAGUAAUACCUUCAUUAGGAUGUGGAUUUCUGGGAUCAGUUUGAUUUACCUACAAUCAAAAUACUAACAAGGUCAAAAUACUGACAUGGUCAAAAUACUGACAUUUAAAAUGUCGACAUGGUCAAAAUACCGACAUUUAAAAUGUAGUCAGGUCAAAAGUCGACACACGUUUUAAAAAUGUAUGUGUAUGUCGACAUGGUCAAUGUAUAAGUGUACCAUAUAUUCUCCCCCCAUGUCCACUGGCAUGGUAAAGUAUGAACAAGUCGGCUUCAAUGAAAACAUCAUGGAAAACUCAUGUUGAUUUUUUAAAUGUCGAUAUUUUGACUGUGUCAACAUUUUUAAUGUCGGUAUUUUGACCAUGUCAGUAUUUUGACCGUCGGUCAAUGGUUGUCGGUAUUUUGACCAUCAGGAUUUUGAAUGUAGGUAAACUGACUGCAUCCCGGAUUUCAAAUAGUGGUCAGCUACAUGGUGGACAAACUAUUCUAUCCUG